UUUUCCCCGGGGUCAACCUGGGCCUGAUGGCGCUCGACAAGACGGAGCUCAAGAUCGUCUCGAACACGGGCUCGCCCUCGGAGCGCCGCUACGCCCGCGCCAUCGAGCCCGUCCGCCGCCACGGGAACUUCCUGCUGUGCACGCUCCUGCUGGGGAACGUGCUCGUCAACUCCACGCUGACGAUCCUGCUGGACGAGCUCUCCUCGGGCCUCAUCGCCGUCAUCGGCUCCACCGCCGGCAUCGUCGUCUUCGGAGAGAUCAUUCCGCAGGCCAUCUGCUCCCGCCACGGCCUGGCCAUCGGCGCGCGCACCGUGUGGCUUGUGCGGGAUGGAGCCUCGACAUCGAACUCUCACAAUUCGCACUGCAUUUACGAGGGCGAAUAA